AUGGACGUUGGGGACAUUUCAGAUCUCUCGUCCCCUUUGAGUACGCCUCCCAGUUCGCCUCUCACCUCCCCUCCAGAUUCGCCAGAAUUACCUCCUGGCUUCCAGACUCUCACCCCACCUCCCUCACAGCAUGCGGGUGACGAAAUGCCGCGUCCACGAAAGCGCCGGAAAAUCGAGCCAAAGAUUCGCACCACUCAGUACUUGGAUCUCACUUCAGAUACUGCGCAGUCGGAGUACGAUCGCUCAGAAGCUCUAGACACCCUUCUCAAGGCCUUGCGCAACCGAAGAAAGAUCGUGGUGAUUGCUGGGGCGGGUAUAUCUGUCUCAGCAGGGAUUCCGGAUUUCAGAUCUUCUCACGGACUUUUCAAGAGCUUGAGAGGGGAACACAGAUUGAAAAGCUCUGGGAAAAUGCUCUUUGAUGCCUCAGUCUACAAGGAUGACCAUUCAACCUCGAGUUUCCACGACAUGGUUCGCAAGCUCUCCAAGAUGUCAGCGAAUGCCAAGCCAACCAUCUUCCACCGUUUCCUAGCUAGACUCGCUGUCGAGGGACGAUUAUUGCGACUCUAUACACAAAAUGUCGACUGUUUAGAGACCUCACUACCACCACUGGCUACUCAAGUUCCUCUCAACCACAAGGCGCCCUGGCCAAAGACCGUGCAACUUCAUGGAGGUCUCGAGAAAAUGAUGUGUCAGAAAUGCAGGCACAUCUCCGAUUUCCAAGCAAAUUUGUUUGACGGAGCUGCUCCUCCCCUUUGUCCUCAAUGCGUUGCAGCAGACCGAUUGAGAACUGCUCAUGCAGGAAAAAGAAGCCACGGGGUUGGCAGAUUACGGCCCAGGAUUGUCCUCUAUAAUGAGCAUAAUCCUGAUGACGAAGCAAUUGGUGCAGUGACGACGGCAGAUUUUCGUACGAGGCCAGAUGCAGUCAUUGUCGUCGGCACCAGCAUGAAGAUUCCGGCCGUGCGACGCAUCGUCCAUGAGAUGUGCCAAAUAGUCAGAGAUCGGCGGGAAGGUACCACAGUGUGGAUCAAUCGCGACCCAGUACCUCCCGGAAAGGAUCUCGAAAAUUGUUGGGAUCUUGUUGUCAAAGGUGACAGUGACGAAGUGGCACGAUUGGCACGCUUAAAAGAAUGGGAUGAUCCCAGCCAGGAUGUCGCUGAGAAUUACACAGAGGCAGAUCUGGAUAGAAUCAAGUCCGACCAGGGCGAGAUCCAGGUGGUCAUACCUCCAAGUUCCGAGAAGGACGAAGGCCCAGUCGAAGUUUUGCUGCCGUCAGCAGACUUCCAUGCGAUAACCCCUCCACGAAGCCAGAAAGGAGAUGCGUCCUCGAGAACAAAAACAGAACCUGGGGUCACAUCUAUAACGUCUUCGCCAAUCCGAAUCAAACUCAAUGUUACCGAGCGAAGCAAACAGGCGUCGGUCAGAAAUGCAGCAAGUGCUGGCAGGUCCAUCGCUGAACUGCUCCGUGGAAAGGAGAACAAAGACAAGCCUGUAAAAUCCAAGACUUCGCAGAACAAGAAGCCCAGAGUCACCAAAAUCAGGGCAUCUACCAAUCCUAAAAAACAGGGAGUCCUGUCCGGAAAGGUCACCAAACCAGUUGUCGCGAUCAAUAACGCAACGUAUAAAAAGACUUUACCCGUGCCUCUAUCACCUCGGCGCGAUGCUAACGACACAUUUAUUCCAAUGCCCAAACCGGAGUUCUCAAGCGUGGAAGUGACUCCGGCGCCAGAAACGCCUCCCUCAACUUCGACGCGCGAAGAGUGGCGAAACGUUGAAACGGUAUCUCCUACUGGACGGAUACCAUCGGACAUGGUCAAGUUACUGAACUAG